UAUUAACCCAGCAUAGGCUUGCCUUUUCCUUCGAUGUCUACACCCCGAUAGGAGGAGCGUGAAGAACGUAGUAGGCGUCAGAAUCCUCAAUUUACAACUUAGCAUCUUGGCAGGACAUUUUCCCAAGCAAAGCCCCCAUCGGAAGGCAAAAAACUUCUUCUGCACGGCAUGAGACAGAGUGAGCAAGUGAAAGAGAGAGAUAGGAAAAAUAGAGCGGAGCAAGCAAACACAGCGGUCAGUUGUAGCUGACUAUCAGCGACUAAAAAUCUAUAUCUAAGUCUAUGUAUUUGUUUAUAUUUUUACUUUUUACUGCAAUCAUUUAGGGGGGAACAGACAGCGGUCUGUUGAUACGAGACUCCUAUGACUGAAAUCGGACAGUGCAUGAGAAAAUAAAGAGGAAAAGUGCGCAAGUAAGUGGCUUACUUUCGGGGCUUUCACCAUGGCGUAUCCUCAGGGCUAUUUGUACCAGCCAUCCCCUUCUUUGGCGCUGUAUUCAUGCCCGGCGUACAGCACCAGCGUUAUAUCGGGACCCAGGACCGAAGAACUUGGUAGAUCCUCAUCUGGCUCUGCUUUUGCUCCCUAUGCCGGAUCUACCGCGUUCACCAGCGCUUCGCCCGGGUACAACUCCCAUCUCCCGUACAGUGCGGAGGCAGGAGCGGCCGCGACAUUCGCUUCAUACGUGAGUUCUCCCUAUGACCACACGACGGGCAUGGCUGGGUCUAUAGGAUAUCACCCCUACGCUGCUCCCCUGGGUUCAUACCCCUACGGUGACCCGGCAUACCGAAAAAACGCGACCCGGGAUGCUACCGCCACUCUCAAAGCCUGGUUGAACGAGCACCGUAAGAACCCCUACCCCACCAAGGGCGAGAAAAUCAUGCUGGCAAUCAUCACCAAAAUGACCCUCACCCAAGUUUCCACCUGGUUCGCCAACGCCAGGAGGAGGCUAAAGAAGGAGAACAAGAUGACCUGGACUCCCCGAAACCGGAGCGAGGACGAGGAGGAAGACGAGAACAUCGAUCUGGAAAAGAAUGACGACGACGAGCCUAGCAAGCCGAAAGACAAGGGAGACUCGACAGACACAGAGUCAGAUCAUAAAUUGCUGAAGCCGGGGGACAUAGUGUGCGACAGAUUUAAAGAGGAGAAUCAUGGCAAAGAAACGGAUCCCCUUCUGAGCGACUCGGAAUUAAAAGACCAAGGGGAUCGGACAGAGUUACUGCCCGAGUCUGCUAAACCCACCACCUCGUCUCCAUCCGCCAUGCCUCGGGGAGGAACGGAGCUCGUUGCGCAAGACAAGCCGUCAGAAAUGGGCCAUGCGCCGGGCACGGUAAACAGCAACGUGACGUCUGUCAUUCACUCCUCCCCAUCGGCCCCUAAACCCAAACUCUGGUCCCUGGCUGAGAUCGCAACGUCCUCAGACAGGUGUAAGAGCAGCAGCGACGGGCCGCAGGGCCAUGGGAUGGGUCACAGCACAGUGAUCACCACCAAUGCAGCGUCACCAUCACGGUCCUCCCCACAGUGCCCUCUCCCAAACAGCACAGUCCUAUCCAGGCCUAUCUACUACACGUCCCCUUUUUACCCGGGCUACACGAACUAUGGCAGCUUUGGACAUCUUCACAGUCACAGUAAUCACGGCUCAGGCACGGGCUCCACGGCACAUUUCAAUGGAUUAAACCAGACUGUGUUAAAUAGAGCAGAAGCUUUGGUAAGAGAAAGCCAGAAAGGCAGAGGCCAAACGCAGGUAGAUCUUUGUAAAGACUCCCCUUAUGAACUAAAGAAAGGUAUGUCAAACAUUUAAUACCUUGAUCCCUUUCAAAAAUCCAUCGGACCUUUAUUUAUUAUUUGUGGUUGCAUUACAAAAAAUAAGAAAAAUAAUAAUAAUAAAGGAAAAUUCUGAGAACAGUUAUUUUCUGAGUAAAUGCUUAUCUUCAAAUCUUAGUUUCUGAAUGGUUAAUCCUAAUGAUGUAACAAGAAUGGUCUACAUCGCUGCAGCCGCCUGAGUCUAUUUGUAUUAAAGACUAAUAUGUAUAUUUAAUGUAGCAUUUUUGUAUUUAAAAUGGACAAUACACUAUCUUUGAAGUAAAUUAUGAGAAAAAAAUACAC